AAAAAAAAGUGUUACUUUCUUGUUGAUGACUAACGGAGACGAAACACAAAUUAGGGUUUCACAAUUUGCCCCUCAAGUCGCCGAGCUAGUUGAUUACCGCCGCCGUCUCUUCCUCCUCCUCCCCAAAGUUAGCUCCUUUCCUCUUGGGUUUCUACGAUUCGCGUUCUCUUUGAUCUCCUCUGUACACUGAGAAUCGAGCUGUUGGUUCUUUAAAGUUUGACGAGAUUCUUUCUUUCAGGAUAUGAUAAAAUCAAUCGAAUUCUAGUUGUAUCCUGUAAUGGCGCACUGAAUCAAACUCCCAUCACUGGUUUGUGACAUGCUUACUGUUGAUAGGCUGUUCUUGUUCCCGAGCUUGACAAAUCAUCCUUCUGGGCUCAUCGUCCUAGAUCUUGUGAGCUGCCACCAACUGGUAGUCCGCUCCUUCUUGCAUGAACCUUAUCUGAGAGAAGAGAAGGUCAAAGAUGGGAGCUCUUGCUCAGUUUGUUUCCUGGAUACCCGAGGACGACCUCCUUCUAAAAAACGCCAUAGAGGCUGGUGCAUCUCUGGAAUCGCUUGCUAAAGGCGCUGUGCAAUUUUCUAGAAGAUUCUCUAUCAGAGAGCUGCAAGAUCGAUGGCAUUCACUCCUAUAUGAUCCAGUCGUUUCUGCAGAGGCAGCUCUGCGGAUGGCUGAGCUUGAACGUACCAACCCAAAUUUUCCUACAAAGUUUACCAGAACCGGAUCAAAAGAAAACAAAAGUUCAUCUAAGAAGAGGAGGGCUGAACAGCUCAGAAGCACUUAUCAUUCCUUACGCAAGAAGUUCCGCACCGAGUCGUUCAAUUCCUUGGAUCUAGGCUUUCUCGUUCCAUCAAAUGACAGCCAUUUCAUGGAUAAUGGUGAUGGAGCACAUCUUGGUCUUGAAGACUCUCACAUGGACAUUAUCCACAACGCGUUCCCUGAUAUCUUGGCUGAUGGCGGUUGCGUGACAAAUCAUGUUGUGCCGGAAGAUAACUUACAGGGAAACAUCUCCUACGUAGGAGGAGAGAAUCUCACGUUCACUGAACAGGCAGGUCCUUCCGUAUGUGAUUCGGUUCAUCAAGGCUCCAAACAGAAACUAGAGAUUUCUGCUCAUGAGCCGAAAACCACAAUGGCUAGCACUGAUUGUUUCCUGGCACAGCUUUCAACUUCUCUCUUUGAAGACGAGGAGCCGUUCAUGGAAGUAGAUGGCAAAGAAGUUGACAAGUCGUAUUAUGAUGGUCUUAGCUCACUGUUGGUGAGCCCGGCCAAUGUGAAAAAUAGCGGGCCUUUGCCUAUUAACAACACUGAACAAGCUCUUCCCGUAGGUGCGGUUCCGAAUGGCCAUCAUGCGAUGAUCCCUGAGCUAUAUGGUACAAGUGCAGUGAGUUCAAUGGAGUGCAAACCUGUGUCUGACUUAUCUUCGUUUGAUCCUCAUCCUGAGGUUGUUAAUGGUGUUAUCUGCUGUCUAUUAAACCAAGAGGAUCCUGAUAUCCCGUGUAAUGACGACAUUCUUCUGUCCAACACCUCCCACCCAAUGUCGGUUUCUUCGUUAGCCCGGCGGAACUUUAAAGAUAUAAGCAGUCCAAUGACUUCAUCUGUUAGAGAUCUCUCUGCCGCUAGGGAAAGAAGUGAGGGACAUACACAAAAGAAGGUACCAGGACGUUUGCAAGGGUCUUCUUCUCAAGGAAAGCCAGAGAUAGGUCAACCAAGUCAAUCUACCAAAUUCAGGGCAUUGACAAGUCCUCCUGAGACACAUAAUAAGGUUGGUCCUGCACAGGCAUCAUGCUCAAAUACUCUUCUUUCUGAUGGUGCAAAAGAUGGAAACAAAGAGAUGGUCAGUGGAAAACGUAUCGUCGGAUUUGAUGAACAUGGAAGCUAUUCCGAGAAGGAGAUUGGAAACUGUAAAGAGGACGAAGGUGUAGUACUACCGGUAAAUGAAGUGCCACAAGCAAAAGAUGAUGAUGAUGAUGUUGACUUGAUUGAGAUUUUAGAGCGUGAGCUGGAGAUCACAACUCAUACAGAAGCAGACGAGGAGGUUUUUGAGAGUGACGAGGACUUGCCCAAUUAUUCUGACAUUGAGGCUAUGAUACUUGACAUGGACUUGGAUCCCGAUGACCAAGAUAAUUUUGAUCUCGAAGUCUCCAAGUAUCAGAGCCAAGAAAUGAAAAGAACAAUUAUGAGACUUGAACAGGCUGCGUAUUCAUAUAUGCAGAGAGCCAUUGCUUCCCGUGGUGCGUUCGCUGUUUUAUAUGGUAGAUAUUCAAAACACUACAUCAAGAAGCCUGAGGUCUUGGUGGGUAGAUCAACAGAAGAUCUCUCGGUGGACAUUGACUUGGGUAGAGAAAAGCGUGGCAGCAAAAUAUCUCGACGCCAGGCGAUCAUACGGUUGGGUGAUGACGGAUCGUUUCAUAUGAAAAACCUGGGGAAGUAUGCAAUCUCAGUGAAUGAGAAGGAAGUAGAUCCUGGACAGAGUUUAAUCCUCAAAUCUGAUUGUCUGCUUGAGAUACGGGGAAUGCCUUUCAUAUUCGAGACAAACCAAAGUCGCAUGAAAGAGUACUUGAAGAGAACAGGGAAAGGGAAUUGAGACCAGAAACGAGAGCGAGUGUUCUUUGUGUAUUGGCUUGUGAAGAAGUUGAAUGAUAGUCUCUCUCUUGUAGUCUUGUUUAAUGUUACCUUAACCUCACAGGAGCAUGUUUUGUAGAUCUUUUAUUACAUGUUUAGUUCUGCAACAUGCAUAGUUGACCCAGUUUUUUUUUAGUCGUUAGCCAUAAGAUGAAAAUACAACUCUGAUUGCAACUGA